GCAAUCAUUUUUGAACACUGAUUUAUUAGAGCACAGCAAACCACGAAGCAUCUGGGAAUUCCAUGAAGCAUAUGGAGACAGCUGGCCUUUGAACCAAACCUGCAUCCUCUCAGAGAGUCUCGGAUAAUGAGCCUUCGAGUUUCGAGCUCACAAUAGCAAAGCACUCAAAACUAAAAGACUACAAGCCCAGCAAAGCUACAGGUUUGUGACACUCAAGAUGGACUCCAAUGCGACGAAGAAGAGGCCCGCCGACGAUGACGACGAGUCGAAUAACAACAACAAUAUCUUCAAACGCCAACAUGUUGUUAUUGAUGAUAACAAAGACGACAGCCAGGAACAGCAACGAGAACGGUCUUGGGAUCCUAUCAUGGGUGAAUGGGUGGAAGAGGAGUCGGAAGAGGAAGAAGAGCCUGUUUACGAGUACAAAUUUCAAAACAGCGAGGCUUUUUUGGCAGCUCUAGAAGUGUACAAUCGCCGUGGAUGCACCAUCCAGGAAGAAUUGAAAUACGGCAAAAUCCCAGUGACCGCGGUGUAUCCUUCCUAUCAUUGGAUUUGUCGCCAGGUGGCAGGACGACACCGCCAUUGUUGUGACGAGUGUCGAGAGGACUUUACUACCGACGCCAAGUAUUACUUGAUCGACGAGUCGUCUGGCGGAAAGUACCGCGGCGCCAAAGGCAAGCUCUGCCUGCCUUGUAUGGACCAGCUGCUAUAUGACGAGUGCGACGAAACCACAGAUUUAAAGACCAUCAAAGAGAUGUUGGGCGAUUUGCGAAAAGAGCACAAUGGAGUUGUCCAUGACAUGUUCAUUACUCCCUAUGAGAAAAAGUAUCCCGUUUAUGCCACCUUUUUGUCGCAUUGCAAGAACAACGACGAGAACAAGGCAGGGGAGCUGGCUCGUCAGAUGAUGACUAUCCCUGGUUUCUUUGGGCGCUCGUUUUAGUUAGAAAAUGAGUGCAAGAAGUCCAGGAUCAAUGAAGAAAGUAUUGCGUCGACUUGGUGUUUUUUUUUUUAGUGUCGGGGCAACUUGUUGUGGAUACAAACAGUUUCUGAACCAGCAGUUAGCCGGAAUGGAAAGCCGAGCGUGAGUGUCAACUCAGGUACCCACAUUCAUCAUUCCGUUUGCAGGGUGUUUCUUCUUUUCGAAGUCUCUUGUACCCUGUCCGUGGUUUGUUUUCUAGCGGGCUUUUGUUCAGCAAGCUUUGUACCGCAGCUGAGCUUUGGAUGCCUCCCUUUCUCUAGAAAGUAUGAUUAUAGUUUCCAAGUAAAUACAGUACGUAAUUAAACAGUUCCAGUUGCU